ACUUGCCUGAUAUUUCCAGUGUCAGAGGGACACGGCCAACGUGUAGCCCCUUCCAGGCUGACAGCCGCGCUCCAGCCAUUGCUGCGAGCCCGUCUGCUCCCGCCCUGCCGGUGCACUCCCCCGCAGCCGCCCUCCGCCGAGCCCCAGCGCCCGCUCCCAUCGCCGAUGACCGCGGGGAAGAGGAUGGAGAUGCUCUGUGCCGGCAGGGUCCCUGCGCUGCUGCUCUGCCUGGGUUUUCAUCUUCUACAGGCAGUCCUCAGUACAACUGUGAUUCCAUCAUGUAUCCCAGGAGAGUCCAGUGAUAACUGCACAGCUUUAGUUCAGACAGAAGACAAUCCACGUGUGGCUCAAGUGUCAAUAACAAAGUGUAGCUCUGACAUGAAUGGCUACUGUUUGCAUGGACAGUGCAUCUACCUGGUGGACAUGAGUCAAAACUACUGCAGGUGUGAAGUGGGUUAUACUGGUGUCCGAUGUGAACACUUCUUUUUAACCGUCCACCAACCUUUAAGCAAAGAAUAUGUGGCUUUGACCGUGAUUCUUAUUAUUUUGUUUCUUAUCACAGUCGUCGGUUCCACAUAUUAUUUCUGCAGAUGGUACAGAAAUCGAAAAAGUAAAGAACCAAAGAAGGAAUAUGAGAGAGUUACUUCAGGGGAUCCAGAGUUGCCACAAGUCUGAAUGGCGCCAUCAAACUUAUGGGCAGGGAUAACAGUGUGCCUGGUUAAUAUUAAUAUUCUCAUUUUAUUAAUAAUAUUUAUGUUGGGUCAAGUGUUAGGUCAAUAACACUGUAUUUUAAUAUACUUGAAAAAUGUUUUUAUUUUUGUUUUAUUUUUGACAGACUAUUUGCUAAUGUAUAAUAUGCAGAAAAUAUUUAAUAUCAAAAGAAAAUUGAUAUUUUUAUAAAAGUAAUUUCCUGAGCUAAAUGCUUCACUGAAAGCUUCAAAGUUUAUAUGCCUGGUGCACAGUGCUUAGAAGUAAGCAAUUCCCGGGUCAUAGCUGAAGAAUUGUUAGCAAAUGACAGAUUUCUGUAAGCCUAUAUAUAUAGUCAAAUCGAUUUAGUAAGUAUUUUUUUUUCUGUUCCUCAAAUCAAUGAUAAUUGGUUUGACUGUACCAUGGUUUGAUAUGUAGUUGGCACCAUGGUAUCACAUAUUAAAACAAUAAUGCAAUUAGAAUUUGGGAGAAGCAAAUAUAGGUCCUGUGUUAAACACUACACAUUUGAAACAAGCUAACCCUGGGGAGUCUAUGGUCUCUUCACUCAGGUCUCAGCUAUAAUUCUGUUAUAUGAGGGGCAGUGGACAGUUCCCUAUGCCAACUCAUGACUCCUACAGGUACUAGUCAUUCAUCUACCAGAUUCUGCCUAUGUAAAAUGAAUUGAAAAACAAUUUUCUGUAAUCUUUUAUUUAAGUAGUGGGCAUUUCAUAGCUUCACAAUAUUCCUUUUUCGUAUAUUACAACAUUUAUGUGAGGUAAUUAUUGCUCAACAGACAAUUAGAAAAAAGCCCACACUUGAAGCCUAAAUUUGUGCUUUUUAAGAAUAUUUUUAGAAUAUUUCUUUUUAUAGGGGCUUUGCUGAAUUCUAACAUUAAAUCACAGCCCAAAAUUUGAUGGACUAAUUAUUAUUUUAAAAUACAUGAAGACAAUAAUUCUACAUGUUGUCUUAAGAUGGAAAUACAGUUAUUUCAUCUUUUAUUCAAGGAAGUUUUAACUUUAAUAUAGCUCAGUAAAUGGCUUCUUCUCGAAUGUAAAGUUAUGUAUUUAAAGUUGUAUCUUGACACAGGAAAUGGGAAAAAACUUAAAAAAUUAAUAUGGUGUAUUUUUCCAAAUGAAAAAUCUCAAUUGAAAGCUUUUAAAAUGUAGAAACUUAAACAUACCUUCCUAUGGAGGCUGGGAUGAAAACUAGGGCUCAUUUUUCUGACAUUUGUUUAUUUUUUGGAAGAGACAAAGAUUUCUUCUGCACUCUGAGCCCAUAGGUCUCAGAGAGUUAAUAGGAGUAUUUUUGGGCUAUUGCAUAGGGAGCCACUGCUGCCACCACCUUUGGAUUUUAUGGGAGGCUGCUUCAUCGAAUGCUAAACCUUUAAGUAGAGUCUCCCUGGAUCACAUACCGGGUCAGGGAGGAUUUGUUCUUCCUCCACUUUUAUCCUGGCAUGUGCUAGGGCAAUGAAGACAUAAUAAGCCAUGGCUGACCUCUGGAGCACUAGGUGCCAGGACUUGUCUCCAUGUGUAUCCAUGCAUUAUAUACCCUGGUACAAUCACAUGACUGUCAUCUAAAGUCCUGGCCCUGGCCCUUACUAUUAGGAAAAUAAACAGACAAAAACAAGUAAAUAUAUAUGUUCAUAUACAUAUUGUAUAUGUUGUCAUAUACAUAUUGUAUAUAUAUUCAUAUACAAACAUGUAUGUAUACAUGACCUUAAUGGAUCAUAGAAUUGCAGUCAUUUGGUGCUCUAUUAACCAUUUAUAUAAAAUUUAAAAACAAGAGAAAAGAAAAA